AUGACAACGGAACAAGCCCCCCACAGGGCCUUGGAACUGACGCUUCGGCUGGAUAGAGACGCGGGGAGCAGUCUAGCCAAUGUGUCGGAUGUGUCCGAGUACGAAUCGUUCGGUCACUUUCUUGGUGCUGAUGCAGACUCCAAGGACCCCCAUCAGACUCGCCAACAGGCAAACAUGUUUUCCAACCGAGAUCAUGCCCGAACAUCACCCCGUGGGCUCUCUCAGUCGACUUACAAGACUUCUCGACCUCCUUCUGCUCGUCCCUUGGCGGCAGUCCGGCAACUCAGCCGCCUGUCAAGCGAUGUCUCGAACAGACCGAAGUUUUCGAGCAAACUCUCCCAGAUGCGCAAGCCGAUAAUGAGCUACAGCAGCCUAGAUUCCGAGCCAGAGCAGAGCAAGUUCGACACCACACCUCCCAGGUCUCCUAGAGCCGCUGUGGAAGUUUUCACCCCCCGACACGGCAGAUGGUCCGGUCCGCGGCAUAGACAGGAUUCUCGGGGGAUUCUGGGCCAUGGAAACCACGACAUAAGCGGGUUACAUAAAUCCAGAGAUUUUGCCCACGAGGACCCCUCAGCUGACUAUAAUGUUCCGAGCCUUCCCUUCCCACUUAUAAGUCUGCAGGAAGCGGCUCUUCGCCAGUCCCAGGGCACCACCCGAGGAGAGCCAGACUACAAUACGUCCGGCUCCAUGUGCGUCUCCAAAGGACGCUCCCGCACAAUCAGCACCGUUUCUUCGUACGGACCCAAAACCCCAAUCACGCUUGCGGGAGACUUCUCGGAUACUAGUGGCAUACCCAAGCCGCCACAGGCGUAUCGCCGACACAGCCCCGCGAGGGCUCUCCCGUACGACCCGACCCAAGGACAAGUCAACUCGUCGGCCGUUAUCGACCCCAAUUCGGGCUCAUUCUUCCGCAACUCCCUCCCAACCAACACGUCGCUCCUCAGCGCGCGCUUCUUUCGCCUUAGCGGCUUCUCGGCACGCACUCGCGAGCGUCGAGAUGAUGAAAGCAGGCACACGUCUCGGGCACCAAAUUUCAAGCACGGCUUCUUCACACCGUCGGAAUCAGACCUGAUCCACUCCGCCAGGGAGGAUAUUCUGUGCCGCCGCCGCCGACACGGGUGUAGCGAGGAAGACGCGCACCAACGACGGGUGUUCUUGGUCAUUUUUGUCACGGCCGUCUUCUUCCCGCUGAUCGGGGUGUUGGCGCUGUACGGAAAGUUUGAUGCGACGAUUGCAUGGUACGGCAAAGGCGAGAGGGGCUGUUUGACGCAGGAGCAGAGGGGCACGUUGAAACAGCAGCUCUGGGUUGAGGGGGUGCUGUAUCCGGGGCUGAUUAUCUCGCUGGUUGUGUACUAUUCCGUCCAUGGAUGA